CAGCAGGUGGAGAUCGAAGUCAAGCUUCUCCUCGCCGAUCACUCAAUCCUCGGCUGCCCACCUCCAUAUUUUCAUUAGAGUAAGUCUCAGGUCUCUACUAUUGGAGUGCAGUGUUGAAUUUGCUGAAAGGACCAAGUUUAUUAAGCUUACUACCAGUAGCUAUGGGGACUGAAGAGUCUAAGGAUCCAUUGAAAGGAGUGGAUUGGAAAGCGAUAGGCACGGAGCUUCAAAACGACCCAAGUGCUGGAACAAAGCAAGCUGUAAAGAAGCGGCUUCCCAAGAAAAUUAGGCAAAUCCCCGAGAGCUAUUUCCUUCCUAGAAUGUCUUGGCCCUCGGCGAUCGGCUUCUAUGGAGCAUGCAUUGUUGGUGGGGUUGGUGCUGGCAUGCUGGUGGAGAUGUGGAUAAACAAGAAAGUCAAAGAGGAUGGAGGAGUCAUAUGGGAGUUUGAUAAAUAA